AUGUCUUUGGUUUGGGAUUCAAGGCCAGGGGUUGUCUCCACAGUGUGUGGGAAGCCCAAGGUGAUGGGGAAGAUCUAUGGUGGCCAGGAUGUGGUGGCUGGCCAGUGGCCAUGGCAGGCCAGCCUGCUCUACCGAAACUUGCACAUCUGCGGAGCUGUCCUCAUCAACUCCUUCUGGCUGGUUUCCACUGCCCACUGCUUUCUCAACAAAUCCCAUUUCCCAGAGGACUACCAGAUUCUGUUGGGAACCACCCAGCUGUACCAGCACACUCAGCACACACAAAAGAUGGCUGUGAACCGGAUUAUUAUGCACCCAGACUUUGAGAAGUUCCACCCCUUUGGGAGUGACAUAGCCAUGUUGCAGCUGCACCUGCCUGUGAACUUCACCUCCUACAUUAGUCCUGCCUGCCUCCCAAUCCCUGGAGUGCAGCUGCCCAGUUACUCAUCCUGCUGGAUAACUGGUUGGGGGAUGCUCAGCGAGGACAGUGAGGGGGUGUGGGAGAGUCUCCAGGAGGGCAAGGUGAAUCUUAUCGAGAACAAGCUCUGUAAUAUGUUAUAUGAACAAAGACUUGGCAAAGGCAAGACCUACCCUGUGCAUGAGGAGAUGCUGUGUUCUGGGGACUUCUUGACUGGAAAAGCCAUCUGCCAAGGUGAUUCUGGGAGCCCCCUCGUUUGUGAUGUCUUCAAUGCCUGGGUUCUAGUAGGGCUGGCCAGCUGGGGCUUGGACUGCCGGCACCCCAUCUACCCCAGUGUGUUCACCAGUGUCACCUACUUCUCUGACUGGAUCAAUGAGAUCCAGAGGCUCACACUUCCUCCUGAUCCCACAGCUGCUCUUCCUCAGACCCCAUUUCCACGCCAGCCUCUACAGGCUGCGGGCUCUUCCAGGCCUGGCAUGGCUGUCAUGCCUACACUGACUUGGCUCUCACUGCUGUCUGUGCUCAGGGUGCAAUGGCAGGCCCUGCAGUGA